ACAUGAGAAAAGGAGUGACAUAAUUGAACGGUUAAGGGAAAGAAUCAGGGUGUCAGUGUUAUAUGUUCUUCUACAAAAGACUUUCAAAAAGCGCCAUCAGCAACAAGAUAAGAGAAUGAGAGACUUGGAUGAAGAGGUACCGCGGUUAGAGGAAGAAAUGUUGGGAGACGAUAUUCAACCAAACUCUGCACCAUUCAGAGAAAAUACCGCAGAUCAACUUACUGAAGCCAAUGGUACGUUAAUGGAAAAAGACAAUUUUUCGGAGUUUCCUGGUACUUCUUUGAAAGAUGGAAGCAAGCCAAGCCUUGUCGAAAAAAACGUCAGCCUCGGCGAUAAAGUUACUACCGUAAAACAUCGCGAGAAAAUUAUGUUGUUGAAAGCCAAGGAUUGCAAUGAAUUACGAGAGACAAAAAUACCUCUGAAAUCUUUUUCGAAGGACGAAUCACUAAAGAUUGCAGAAGGAUCGCCGGGCACGCGCGUUUAUGUUGGUCUGAUGGAGGACGGACGGGAAGUUGCCGUUAAAAGAAUUUUAAAAGAAACAACUGAUCGCUUAGCCCAAAACGAAUUGGAGAUCUUCCGUCUAACUAAGGAUAUUAGAUCACCAUACAUAGUAAACUACUGGUACUUUGACGCUGAUGACUUUUAUAUGUACCUGGUAAUCGACCUGUGUGAGGAAAAUUUGAAGAAGUAUGUUAUUGAGACUUGUUCUCUUGAGUAUUUACGGAAACAUGGUGUCCGAAUGAUAGAGGAAAUAUUACUCGGACUGCAAGUUCUUCACGACAAGGGAAUCCUGCAUAGAGAUCUUAAGCCAUCAAAUAUUCUUGUUAGCGUUGAUGGCCGUAUGCAGUUGUCAGAUUUUGGGAUCAGUCGUGUGCCUAAUGAUGACAAAUCAACAUUUCUAACCGCACCGAAAGGAACCGUUGGUUGGAUGCCACCGGAAGUAAUUGAGAAAAUAGUUAACGAAGGCAGCAAAGGACGCUAUAAAAGAAAAUCUGAUGUGCACGUUGCCGGAAUGAUUGCGUUCUUUAUUUUGACCAAAGGUGAACACCCGUUUGGCCCUCAACUAGAACGUAUGUCAAAUAUUUUGAAAGGAGAACCUAUUUUCUUGGAUAAAGUUACGGCACUAACUGCUCGACAGUUUAUUUCCGAGCUGAUAAGUCAUAAUGUUGAACACAGGCCGUAUGUUAAGGAUGCCUUGAAGCAUUGUUUUUUUAAAGAGCAAAGUCAAUCAAUUGUACAUGAUAAUUAAAUAUAGGGAACAAGUAGAAUUUAGAGACCUAGAUGUAUGCUGAAGUAAUUCAUAUACCAGGAGAUAAGUAAAUCAUAUAAUAGGAGAAAAUUACGUUGAUGCUCUAAACUCUCUUGGUAUUCCAUCCUUAAAAGUCCACCUCGAAUAUUUUUAUGAUAAUCCAUUCGAAUCAGUGUCAACCAAUAGAAUUCAUAAAUUACUACCAGCUAUACUGGCCAGACGUCACAUGUGUUGAUGUUGUUCAGAUGUGUUCAGAGAACGAGCUCCGCUAUGACUACUAAAAAAAGUUUAACUAUAGAAGCAAUUAUAGAACUAUGGCUGAAUCAAUUCUUACCAAGUACAAGGAACGAAUUAAAGCCGAAAUAUCCGGCUGAAUUAAGAUCUAACGUGAACGUUUUAGCAACCAAAUGUAAGGACAUUGAAACCUCGCAACAGUAUUUGUCAAAUGAAUUUGAUGACUUUAAAAAAAUACUGCGUGAUAACAAGCGGCUAACUGCAGAUCCCUCGA